AUGUGGUUAUCUGUGGAACGGGGAGGAGCAGAGAGCCUCAUAGAUGGCUUUUAUGAUAUUGAGAAAGUCCUUAAGUACAAAGACAAAUAUUUUCAAAGUAAAAACAUGGAAAAAGAUAAACCAUGUAAAAAGUAUAAGAAACCUGUCAUGGCUAUAUUAAUAUUAGACAAAAGAGACUACAAGACAAAGUAUUACAUAAAGAAGGACAUACUGAGGAAGGGGAGACGGGGUGUUGCAGAACUUGCUGGCAGAAAAAUGAAGGUGAUCCUGGUUCUUCUGCUUGCUGUAGCAUUUGUGCAUGCUCUAGAAAGAGGCCGAGAUUAUGAGAAGGAUAAAGUUUGCAAGGAACUGGCCAGUCUGGGAAAAGAGGACUUCACAUCCUUAUCAAUGGUCUUAUACAGCAGAAAGUUUCCCAGUGGCACAUUUGAACAGAUCUGUCACCUUGUGAAUGAAGUUGUCUCCUUGACAGAAGCCUGCUGUGCUGAAGGAGCCGACCCUGACUGCUAUGACCGCAGGACCUCAGCAUUGUCUGCUAGGUCCUGUGAAAAGGACUCUCCAUUCCCAGUACACCCAGGAACUGCUGAGUGCUGUACCAGAGAGGGCCUUGAACAGAAACUCUGUAUGGCUGCCCUGAGGCACCAGCCACAAGAAUUUCCUACCUACACAGAGCCAACAAAUGAUGAAAUCUGUGAGGCAUUCAGGAAAGAUCCCAAAGACUUUGCUGAGCAAUUUAUGUAUGAAUAUUCCAUUAACUAUGGACAAGCCCCUCUAUCGCUCUUAGUCAGUUAUACCAAGAGUUAUCUCUCUAUGGUAGGAUCCUGCUGUACCUCACCAAGCCCAACAGUAUGCUUUUUGAGAGAGAGACUCCAGAUGAAACAUUUAUCACUUCUCACCACUAUGUCAAAUAGAGUCUGUUCACAAUAUGCUGCUUAUGGGAAGGAGAAAUCAAGGCUCAGCCAUCUCAUAAAAUUAGCCCAGAAAGUGCCAACUGCUAAUCUGGAGGAUGUUUUGCCACUAGCUGAAGAGAUCAACACAAUCCUCUCCAAGUGCUGUGAGUCUACCUCUGAGGACUGCAUGGCCAAGGAGCUGCCUGAAUACACAGUAAAAAUCUGUGACAACUUAUCCACAAAGAAUUCUAAGUUUAAGGACUGUUGUCAAGAAAAAACCCCCAUGGACGUGUUUGUGUGCGCUUACUUCCUGCCAGCUGCCCCAACACCUGAGCUGCCAGCCAUCGAGUGGCCCACAAAUACAGACGUGUGUGACAAAGGGAAUGCCAAAGCCAUAGAUCAGUAUACAUUUGAAUUAAGUAGGAGAACUCAUCUUCCAGAAGUAUUCCUCAGUAAAAUACUUGAGCCAACCUUCAAAAGCCUUGCCAAAUGCUGUGACUCUGAAGAUGCUACGGGCUGUAUGAAUGCGCAGGGCCCUCAACUGAAAAAGGAAUUAUCUUCUUUCAUUGACAAGGGACAAAAACUAUGUGCAGAUUAUUCAGAAAACACUUUUACUGAGUAUAAGAAAAAACUAGCAGAGCAAUUAAGAGCACAAUUGCCUGAUGCCAGUGCCAUGGAACUCCAAGGGCUGAUUGACAAGCGCUCAGACUUUGCCUCCAAGUGCUGUUCCAUAAACUCACCUCCUCUCUACUGUGAUUCAGAGUUGGAUCUACCAUUACCACUUGUUCCUCCUGCUUUGGUUCUCCUGAACUACUUGCAGUUUUUCAAGUACAUUCAGCUUGCUCUGACCUCAAGGAUUUUGCACAUAAUGACUCAUCCCAGAUUGCCUAAUGCUCACUCAAACCUGGAUAAAUCUUUCAUCAAGUCUCAGGAUUCAAUUUAG